CACAUUGAAAAUAGUUUUGAAAAGAAAAGGAAUGAUGCUAAAGCGGCUAGGCAGAAGGAAAGACGACGUAGGGUUGCAUCAAAGUCAAAAAAUCUUUCUGGUAUUGUUACUUCCGCUGAAGGAGAGCCUUCGUUUAAACGAAGGAAAAGAGAAACGAUGGUUCAUAAAGUAGUAAGAAAAACGGGAAAUUCUGCCCAAGCAGUAUCCGGAAAUCAUGCUGGACGCAAAAGUUUGCGUGAAAAGUUUAAACAAAAAGGAUUAAUAGACACAGGAUCUAUUGCCGAAGAAGAAAAUUUACCGAUUAUUGCUGAUGAAGAACGAUUUGAGACACAAUAUGAAACAUUUUCACAACGCUCACGUCCAAAAUGGAGUCAACAUGAGGAUGAAUUGGUUCUUCAUGUAUAUGUAAUUCUCAAAGUUCGUUCACAGAAAUCGAGAUUCUUAUGGGGUUCAAUAACUAAAGUGUUGCCGCAUAAAACGAACGAAAAUUGUCGUCGAAGGUUAAAUGUUUUGAUCAAAAAUACGGCAACAUUAGAACGAGUAAAUGUAUUAUUGAGCCAAUGGCCAAGAAUGUAUGAAGCUGGAUUAAAAAAUGGUCAUAUUGUCGAUGAAGAUGAGUCAGAUAUGCUAAAUUUUGACUUACCUGGGCAUUUAGACUACUUCAUGAAGGCCUUGCAGCAUCAUCCAAGGCAAGUUUAUUACAUCACAACUAAAGAGAGUCCAGAUCCGAUAAUUCCUCUUCCGUGUGACAUUAAAACAUAUGAUCGUGUUUUUGUCGAAAAUUACGUAUCAACAAUGCGUCAUCAAAAUCGAUUUUAUGAAGAUAGACUAGUUGGUGCUUCUCUGCGGCAGAAAUUUUCACUGCUCUAUUCUCAUCCUGUAACAUGUCGGAUUUUUUACAACGAAAGUGUAAAUUAUUAUGAAAAAUUGGAUAUAAGUGAAGAUGACAUUAAUGUCCAAUGCAUCCAAGCAUUGGUAAAGAUGAUUCUAAUGACUCCGGAUGAUAAGUACGAUUCUUCACACGCAUUUUCAAUUCUUAAUUUUUAUCCUGAUGCAAUGGUGAAAGAUGCGAUUGAAAAAUUGAAAGAUACGGGAGCUAUUGUUAAAGUGAAAGGUGGAUCGGACCGAAGAGUUCCUGGUAGAGGCUACCAAUUUGCUGACAAGUUUAUUUCAGUUAUAUCAGGAAGUUUACCUGAUCAUCCUGCUAAACUUCAUUUUGAUGUGCUGAUUACUCCAAUACAAAAGUCAAUUCAUAAUGAGGAAAUGGAUCACAUUGUUACAACUGAGGAAGACGAGUUUCACCAUAGUUUAAUAAAAUCUCGAACCAACAAUUUAUCUUCGAUAAAUACGCAAGCUGAAGAACUAGUUGCCCUACAACAACUUCUUAAUGUGCAUGAUAUUACCUCUAAAGAAUGUCUUAAAAAAAUUUACAAUUAUGUUCGGGGAUUUGGGAACAUUGGCACGACUUUGACAUCUCUAAUGAAAUCUGUGGAUAUCUCUGAAACAGAUUUUCCUCGUUAUAUUUCAUUAUUAGAAUCGAAUAAACCAAGUCUUAUCAAGCAAGUUGGGUACAAUUACAGUCGUUAUGUCUGUAGCAUUUAUGAGAAAUGUUGGUUAGUCAAGACACAUCGGACUCCUAUUUAUCGUUCCAAUAAAAGGUGCAUUGACGAAUACAUGGAUCUUGAUGAUGGAACGUCACCUUCUGAAUUAUUAUUGCCAAAUAGACGCCAAGAAACGCAAAAUUCAACGGAAUCAUUUGCCGUACCCCGGAUGUGGUAUGAUAUUAAUGGCAAUUUUAUUGAAUCAGUAUUUCGUGGAUGCCUCGAGGUGGUUUUAGGUGUUAUUAUUCAAAAGCCUGGAAUAUAUGAGUCAAAUAUACAUCGUAAACUCUCAUUGGUAAUGUCACGUUGUGAAAUUCAAGAUGUCCUUGAAGAACUGGUCUAUCGUCGUGCUAUCACCAGGAGUUCUAUCAUUAAACCUCAAAAAGUCUCAUUAUUUUCAAAACGACGCGAAUUCGUUGAAUGUGGUAAAUUUAGUUUCUUUGUUGGUCUGUGGUGGUCUAACCGGGAUAUUAUCUGA